AUGCCCUCCAUUCUCAAUCUGAAGUUUAAAGGCAACAAGAGCUUUGUUCCAUUCAGUAACCUUAGCGAUGCUGACUCGUUGAUGAUGACCUGGAAGGUCUGCACCAAGGUCGCUAGCUUUUUGAAACAAGGCCAGCGCCUCGAGAACUUGAGUUGGAGAAUCUGGCAUCUACAGAAUCUCAUGGUCGAUGCCGACGAUGCAAAGUCCAAGCGCGACUUCAGGAAACUGUCCAAGUGUAUGGGUGACAAGCUCGACAAGGAGAAAGGAUGGAACAUCGAGCAGCUCCAGGCGCCGGGCUUCAAGCGCAACCAUUCUACCGAUCUCAUCCAGCGGCGCGCUGCUGAUAAGGAGCGCGAACGUGAGGCGAAUCAGAGGGGCAGGCCCGGGACCAUUCGCCGUAUGCAGUUUACCUUCAGUGUCGACCGGCCUGCAUCGCCCACCGCUGCCACUGUGUCGGUCAAGAAGCCGGACCUGAAGCCCUCUUCCGAGUUCAGGGACAAUGCCCUUAAGCGCGGCCGCCCAUCGACACGCUCCACCGCUGCCAGAGUCGAUGACACAAACAGCGACCGUAACGAUAAAGACCAAUACCUCACCCAGCGCAGGCGCAAGCCGGCUGCAGCGAGGAAGAACUCUGGCGCGACGGCGAACUCGGACGACAUAUUUCAAUCAGCGUCUCUCAGCUUUCCAACUUUCUUCUCUGAUGACUUUGGCCCAGCUGCCCUUCUAUAUCCUACUCCUACUGUCACGAACCCCAUGACCUUCGGCGAAGGCGCCAUCUCCAGUUUCCCUAGGAAUUCGGAUGGCUUCAGCAUUGUCCGCCCGACAAUUGAACUGCCACUAGACGAUCUCAUCAGCACAGGCAGCAUGACUGACGCCCGCAUUGAGAACCAUGAUGUCCAGGAUGACGUCGAGAUGAGGUCUGUCGACUCGGUAGGACAUUUCGCACUCGACACUGUCGAGCGCGAAAUGUCCUACCCAAUCUCCACCAGCUCGGGCCGUACCCCGAGCAGCAACGACGACGACGAGGUCCUCACGUUCACCGCCGCGCCCCGGAAUGUUCCGCCGCUAUCCAUCCCGGUUGAGGACGUCAUUCCACGCACCGUCACCCCAACCCAGCUCGCCCCUCCAAACAGCAAUGGCACGCCGGCCACCAACGGCAAGGGAAAGCGGCCAUCGCUGAGCGUGCACACUCAAUCCUCGUCUCGCAGCGCGGGUCCGAGCACCACGCCUGUCAACGGGGGCGCCUCCGGUCAACAGAGCAACUUAGCACUGGGCAAUGGUAAGGCUGAGUGCUCAAAUUGUGGCGCUACUCGUACCCCUCUGUGGCGUCGCGGUUUGAACGAGGAGCUUAACUGCAAUGCUUGCGGAUUGUACUAUAAAAUGCACAAGUGUCCUCGCCCCAAAGGCAUGAGGAAUAACCACGGUGAGGGUCGUGGAAAGAACGCUUCGUGUCAAGAUGCUCAAGAAGUUGAACAAUGCUACAACUGUCACACAACCUCCACGCCGCUCUGGCGGAAGGACAACAAAGGCAAGAUCGUGUGCAACGCCUGUGGCUUAUACUACAAGUUGCACGGUUCUGUGCGGCCUCUCUCCAUGAAGUCCGAUGUGAUUCGCAAGCGCACCCGCCUUGAUGCCCGUAGGGUAGGCACUGGGCCUUCGGAGGCGCCUUCCGCGACGCCUUUCACAAGUCCAAGCGCCAGUCAUUGUGCUUCGCCAAUUAUGGAAGCUGCCCCCACCGUGGCACCUCACUCGACAACGCAGAUUUUCAGCGGCCACGAGGAAGUCGAAUACCGCACCUCGAUGCAGUCAGAGCUAACGGAUGCCCUUGGGAACACCCCUAGCCAGAACAGCAUAUACAGCAGCACGUUCUUUGGAUCGCCAUACUCCUUCCCUGGUCCUUACCAUUCGGAUUAUCUCGCACAGACAUACAGUGCGACAGCGGAUGCAUUCCCAGUCUCCGGCGAUUACUCGGACAUGGAAAACACGGUCACUGAGACGAGGAUGUCGAAACGGCGCCGCAUGAGCGGCGACUCGGCAUCGGAGCCCCCGUCCUCCGCAACAUAUUUCGGCUCGUCCGCGGACUCGUACACGUUGCCGACAUCAUCGAGCUCGCAGUCGUGGGGCUCGUCGCUCGACUUCGCAUACAACCCGUACAGUCCAUACAACAUGCUGCAUGGUGACAACAGCAGUCCGCUGUGGCACCCGCCGAUGCUGCCCCCAAACAACAGCACGAACUCUCCAUCUUACCUUCACCCGCUGACGCUGCCCUCGGACAACUUUCCGAACAUGUUCCUUCACGGCCAGAGCCUCCAGCAUGAUGACGCAGACAACCUGUUCGCGGCCUACCUGCAUCCGCCGAGGCUGCUGCCAGACGACUCGCCAUCAAUGAAGGGCCUGCAGCUUCACCCGCUAAUGCUUCUAAACGAGUGGAAGAGCAGCGAGUGGAAGACCGACUAUUACGACGCACCUAUGAUCACGUACGGAUGA